AUGGGGUUUACUGCAUCCAUUGCAGACUCCUCUCUGUUUAUUAAAAAAUCUGGAGCCUCUGUUGCCUAUGUGCUGAUCUAUGUGGAUGAUAUCAUUGUCACAGGCUCGGACUCGACCAUGGUGGAUAAUUUAAUUUCAGAUUUGGGCUCUGAGUUUGCAGUGAAGGAUAUGGGUAAUUUAUCUUAUUUUCUGGGUAUUGAGGUCUUACACCAGGGGCAGUCCUUAGUCUUGUCUCAAAGAAAGUAUGUCUCUGAUCUGCUGCGAUGCACUAAGCUAGAUGGCAUCAAACCUGUGAGUACUCCUCUAGCAGCCAACGUUAAAAUUCAGAAGCUUGGUUCUGAGAAGUUUACAGAUCCUACACUCUAUCGCAGUGUUGUUGGUGCACUGCAGUAUCUUCACAUUACGCGACCGGACAUCUCUGUAGCUGUCAAUAAAGCUUGUCAGUAUAUGCAUGAGCCUUAUAUAGAACAUUGGGAGCUGGUUAAAAUAAUCUUGCGCUAUCUGAAGCACUCCAUAGACUAUGGGUUGUUUUUUACACCUGGUGGAGAUUAUACGCUUAAUGCAUAUAGUGAUGCUGACUGGGCAGGAAGUUUAGAUGACAGGAGAUCUACUUCUGGUUACUGUAUCUACUUUGGAGGCAAUCUUGUAUCUUGGAAUGCACGGAAACAGAAAACUGUUUCAAAAUCAUCCACUGAAGCUGAAUAUCGUGGUGUUGCAAUUGCUACCUCUGAAAUCAUAUGGAUUCAGUCUUUGCUCGUUGAGUUAGGUGUUGCAACUCCAACACCUUCUCAUUGGUGUGACAACAUUGGGGCUACGUAUCUAACUGCUAAUCCUAUUUUUCAUGCUCGUACAAAGCACAUUGAGAUUGACUAUCACUUUGUACGGGAAAGAGUUGCACGCAAACAGUUACAUGUUAAGUUUGUCAGCAGUCGUGAUCAACUAGCUGAUAUCUUCACCAAAGGAUUACCCUCACCAAGAUUUCAGUUCAUCAGACACAAGUUGCACAUUCGUCAACUCCAGUACAACUUGAGGGACGGUGUUAAGCAUACUGCAGAGAGCCUUCCUCAAGACUCUCAACUGAGUCAGUCAAUAACCAAAAGUAACAACACCAGUCAAUAG